AUGGUUUUCGAAAAGUACCCCCCUGGCAUUCUUACUGUUACUAUCUUUGAAGGCAAGGACCUCAAGGACAAAGAUCUCAUUGGCAAGAACGAUGCUUUCAUUGAAUUGACCUUGGGCGAGAACAAGCAACGCACCAGCGAGAUCAAGAACAGCAACGACCCUGUUUGGAAUGAAACCUUCACCUUCAACCUUACCGGUACCCGUGAUCACAAGCUCUACCUCGAUGUCCUUGAUAAGGAUGUUGUCGGCACUGACAAGAUUGGCGACACCAAGAUUGACUUUGCUCCUUGCUUCGAAGGCCAAGUCAUUGACGAAUGGGUCAAGCUUCCCGCCAAGUUGGGUCUUACCAGCCAUGGUGAAAUCCACGUCCGUAUUGAAUUCGCCCCCAACUAA